AUGGGAUUGGAUCCUUUUGACACGGACACGCUGGUGGAGUGGAAUGAGCGUGAUACGUGUGAUGGCAGCGUCGGGUGCGAAGUAAACACAGGUGACACCCUGGCAACCUGGGUGGGUUGCGGCAGCGCCGACGCCUCAAGCUGCCUGUGGGCUGCAACUUCGGGCACAGACGGCUCCAGCGAUUGCAGUUGCUCCGUAUGCGGCAGCGCCAACUCCUUUGCUUCCUCGUACAUGAGCGAAUACCCCACGUGGACCAGAAUUGCAUGCUACAUUGCCGACGUGGAAGCCGUGGGCUUUGAUGCGAGCGUUUGUGUUGCCGCCGUGGUCGAUGACGGUGCGAUGGCUUGCGUGGAUGAACCGUACGAAACCCCUGCGUUGGAGCAAUUAAGCUGCCCGUCGGCAGGGUUCACGCUCACGACGUCUAGUAACUGUGACUUGGACGGAACCCUGAGAGAGGCAGGAGAGAUGUUCGGUGAAACCAUCGGGACUUUCGCGUGGCCUACAGACGACUCCAGCGGUUUAUCACCUUCUACCGUCUCCACCGACGACAGCGUUUUCCCAACUGCUGCCGACGAUGACGACUGGCCCCCUUCCGACGAUGACGACUGGCCCCCUUCCGACGACGACGACUGGCCCCCUUCCGACGAUGUCUACUGGCCCCCUUCCGGCACCGAAGACAGGGGUAUAAUAUUGACCGAUGACGUGUCUACCCCAUCAACACAAGCCGAACCGCCAUCUUCCUCGCCAGUGUCACCAGAGGAGGCCGACUCCGGAGUCGUCUGCUGCUGGACAGCCUGCCACAUGCACCAAAUACACACGUACUACAAGUAG